AUGCUCCAACAGCUCGCACCAAGGCUGUCCGCACAGGCACGGCUCCUCCUAAGGAACCCAACCGUAGCCUCAGCUUCUGCAUCGCCAUUCCCUCGUCGACCUGUCUUCUUCUCAUCCACCGCAAGAUCAUGGUACUCCUCCUCUACAACAACAACCCCACCUUCCGACACACAAGCACCAGCUGCCACAACGACAGCCUCUCAAGCAGUAAACGAGGAAUCGGAACCAACACCCACCAACCUCAGCAACCCACCCAGUUCCGUAUCCUGUACCACCAGUCCACCUUCGACAUAUGCCUUCCUCAAACCCACGCCUGUCGUCCUCCUCACCGGCCCCUUUGGCGGCAACUGGUGCUUCCGGGAGACAUGGCAGGAAAGUUUGGCAGACCAGGGAUAUCAGAGCACAAGCAUCGAACUCAGUAUGCCUCACCAACCCCUUGACUCGGGCGACGCCUAUAUCCGCCACUUUGUCAAGACCUUGAAGACCGCUAUUGAAACGGACCAUUCCUUUUACCCGCCUAUCCUGAUCGCCCACGGAUUACAUGCUCUUGUUGCUCAGAAGUAUGUCGAGUCUAACCCUGUCAGUGCCCUGGUCCUGGUGUCGCCUUUUAUACCGGAGGUCAUUCAGCGUCGUUUCCAGGAACUGUCUCAUAAACUGCAACUCAAGGAUACUACCGCUACCAAGGAGAUCAAAAAGGGUGCCGCGGCGUCUAUUUCAGAAACAGCACAAGUGGAGGCCGCUACAUCAACAUCAACAUCACAAGAGUCACCGCAAGCGGGUGAUACCUUUAAGGAGCUCCCUGAUUUCGCAUUUGAAACCCAUGCCGAUGUGAUGGCGCAGGACGGGUUCCGGGAACGAUAUGUCUUGCCCAAAAAAGCAGUCUACAAAAUCGACCAGGUCGCCAAAGAGCAUCAGGAGAAGGAGGAGGCUGAGUUGAAGAAGAAGAAGAAGGAUCAGGAGACAGAAGCUUCAUCGUCGGCUGCAGAGGGCGACAGCACACAGGGAUCUUCUGCUAACAAAACCGCAGCAACUGCAGACGAGCCAACAUCAGCAAAGGAGACGACGGAGGCAUCGGAGGUUCUUGGUCGCGAUUCGGUGCCUGUUUGGGAGUCCACGGAAGUAAAGCAGACAACGGAGUUAUCUUCGUCCAACACCACCACCACUACGGAAGCUCAGGAAGAUGUCCCAGUUCUGACAGUCGAGUCCGAAGCAUCAAUCCCAUCCCCAUUGGAGCAACUCCCUCUGAGCAUCUACAACACAAUCCCGCCCAGUCUAUUCGAACCCACGUUCCCCAUCCUUCUAGUGACCUCGAACGGUGACGAGAUUGUGUCGACCAAGGAUGUCAAGGAAUGCCACGUUUUGGCUGGACAGGUCGAUCAUAUCGAGCUCGAGGAUCCGGAUGAUGGCGGACAUUUGAUCAUGGUCUCUGAUAAUGCCGAGUGGGAACAGGGCAUCCAGGGCAUCACUGCCUGGUUGGACUCUAACGGCAUGUAA